AUGGCGAGCUCUGGAAAACAGAAGGACUAUGAGUGUGUGGAGCUUGGUGAUCUGGACAGAAAAGAGAAGACCCCACGCCGCAUUAUUCAUUUCUCCAGCGGGGAGACCAUGGAAGAAUACAGUACAGAUGAGGAGGAGGAAGACAAAACACAGAACGCAAAGAAAGACCUUCUGUCCUCCAUAGACACAGUAUGCUCCAAGCUGGCUUGGGGCCCAUAUGUCUGGUUUCAGAUGUGGAGAGCAGCUACAUCCACUAUAUCUGCUUGUGACUACCUCGGUGAGCGAAUGGCAUCGCUUUUUGGCAUCACCUCAGCUAAAUGCCAGUAUGCCAUAGAUGAAUACAGCCGGUCAAAGUGGGAGAAGGAAGAGAGAGAUAAAGAUACACGGCUCACUGAAGAGGCAGAGCUCCUGUUUGGAGAGCAGCAAAAUGAUGAAGAUGAGGAUCCAAAGACUAACAGUACUCAAGUAUCGGUGACCAAUGAGCUGGACCUUCACCCUUCUUUUGCACCCACCACAGUUCACAUCCCUGCUCUUGUUACUAGCACUUGAUUACUAAAAUAGUCUGUCAUAUAAUUGUGGUUUAAACAUUAGCCUCUAUUCUUAAAAGCACUUAUUACCACAGAGACAUAAUCAGGCUCUUAUUAUAAAUAUUAUCUUGUGUCUUUGACUGCCUUAAUGCACUGAUCCUGGGCCAGUGAAACAAAAUAUACUGAUCAUGGUGCUAAUGAGGAGAUGAGCCAAUUCUUUAGCCUCAGACCCAAAAUGAAUUCUUCUAGAAAUGGAAAUACACUACACUGAACAUUUCUGUGUUUUUAAUCUGUACAGAAUGUAAUGUAUGUAUUAUUAUUAGUGUUUUGAAGCGUACCCCACACUGAAUUUCCAGUUUUUAUUUAAUAUACUGGUAAAGCUCGA